AUGUCCAAGGUAUCGUCUGCGGAAUCUAGCUUACUGGACUCCCCAGAUGAGAAAAUACAGGGUAAUUGUCACCCUUCACAACUUAUUAAACGAGAAACAACUUUAGGUAAUAAUUCCAGCGGCGAUUCAGACUCUUCAAAUUCACCCGUCGAUCAUCACGACAUAUUUGGAAGUGAUACCGAGCGAAAAAUCAGUGCAGUCUGCUGUUCCGCUGAAACGAUCCGCAAGUCCUCCCAUAGUAGGUUUUGUGAUUUAUAUAAUUUUUGUCAGAGUGAUCCCUCGGUUGCCAUCCCGGAGGCUGCCGUAAGUACACGAGCUAUUUUGGGGUCCUCAUCGUCGGACUCAGAUUCUGAAAAUAAUGUCGCCACAGGGGAGAAACAUGAUAAUCUGUCCCUGGCUUCAUCCGAUGGUGAAUCUAUUUUGGGUUCAAAACAACGGUCAUGCGAUCACAAGAACGAAGACACCAUUGCCACUGAACAGGUACUUGUCCAUGAACUAGAGCCUGUAGAGGAGGAACCUGAUGAAAUCCGCAUCACUGCAGAUUUUCCUCUCAUUCGCGCCGAUCUGGGCAAAGAGAUGCACUUGGUAAAGAUGCCCAAUUUCCUGUCUGUGGAAACCCGCCCAUUCGAUCCAGAUUUCUAUGAGGGUGAGCUGGAUGAGGAUGAAGUGCUGGACGAAGAAGGUCGUACACGGCUUAAACUAAAAGUCGAAAAUACGAUUCGGUGGCGCUAUGCCAAAAAUGACAGGGGUGAUGUGAUCCAUGAGUCCAAUUCACGGGUCGUUCGCUGGUCCGAUGGAUCCCUGUCAUUGCAUCUUGGAGAUGAAAUAUUCGAUGUUCACAAAAUGGAUAUUCAGUCUGAUUUUAACCACCUUUUCAUUCGAGAAGACAGAGGUCUUCAGGGUCAAGCAAUUUUUCGUACCAAGCUUAGUUUCAGACCUCAUUCAACAGAUUCCUUCACUCAUCGGAAGAUGACCCUCUCUCUAGCUGACAAAACAAGCAAGUCACAAAAGGUCAAAAUUCUUCCGGUUGCUGGAGCUGACCCUGAAUCAAAUCGAAUCCUUGCUAUUCGGAAAGAGGAAGAACGGCUUCGAAUGACCCUUCGCCGCGAGAGUCAGCAGAGGCGUAUGCAAGAGCGUCAAUUAGCAGCAGCUUCAGUACAUCGUAAUCGCCGUUCCACUGGAAGUUUUUCAGGCGCCGCUGGCUACGAUAGUCUUGGAGAUAGUGAUGGGGAGUUUGGAGGCACUUCAGUGUCCUUGGGUGCAAUCAAAAGAAAUGCUAAAGCGAGCAUCGCCUCCUCAAGCAGACCUCGAGGUUUGUUAUUCCUUCUUUCAACUCCUUCGGAGCACUUUUUUUCUGUCGUAAAUUUAGACGGUUUUUUUGAAAGCUAA